GCUAACACAGACUGUCCAGACCUUACGUUCACAGCCAAGGAGGUCCUGCAAUCAGACGAUGCGGCUACAAUGAAUCUUCUAAGGUCUGUCUGGAUGCCGUUCGUGCUGACUGACGUGGCACUGCUUCACGCCAUUCUGUUGUUUGCUGCGUCGCUCUUCCGGUCGUCCAUGCCUGCCCACGCGCAAGUCGUGGAUUUGUUUCAGCUCAAGGACAUGGCAAUUCAGGCCAUGAACGAGAGCCUCUCGACCAAGGACUCCAUGAUUGCGACUAUGGCAACCAUGGCACAGUACGAGGCUUUUUGGAGGGAUGCAGAUGCGUUCUCGACGCACAUGAGCGGCUUACGGCAGUUUGUCGAGAUGCGCGGUGGGCUUUCAGCAUUGGGCCUGGACGGGUUUCUUGAAAGGAUGAUGCUUGCCAUUGACACCAACUUGACCAGGACAACUGGACACGACCGCUCGUUUGCUCUCAGCCGGCAAUCUCCUCCUGGGCAAGGUUAGCACGGUCGAGACGCAGUCAUGGCGUUUGCGCCGACCUAACCCUGCAUCUCACCAAUGCCCUUGCUUGCUUCACUUCACCAUAUAUAUUUGGGAACGACUGUUCUCAUGAGAAAAUAAUCUAAUGUUUUGGGAUGCGGGUUGUAUGCAGCCACCAAUUUUUUCCACCACAGCCUUUUGUCAUCAGGCUAAUUGUGAAUAUCGAGAGCCUCCAC